AUGUUGCUGGUUUGUCUGUUAGAUGGACAAGCCCCGCUCUCCUGUUCAGAGGGCUUCACCGAGCUGGGCUACUAUAAUGGCUCAGUUUCCCAGACUGAUGCUGGCUUCCCCUGCCUGAGGUGGACGGACUUCCCAGACUACAUGCUGCAGUACCCCGGCCGUGGCCUGGGGGAUCACACCUUCUGUCGAAACCCAGACCGAGAGGCCAACCCUUGGUGCUUCUUCAGGCAGAGUUCUGGUGCUAUUGGCUGGGCCUUCUGCGACUGCCACCAGGGUGCAGCCAGGUUAGUGGGGGGCGUGUCAGGCCACAGUGGGAGGCUGGAGAUCUACCUCAACGGCCAGUGGGGGGCAGUAUGUGACACUCAUUGGACCGAUCGCGACGCCAGCGUCAUAUGCAGGCAGCUCGGGCUGGGCGAGAUUGGAACAGCACUGCAGCAUUCCUAUUUUGGCCCAGGCUCUGGACUGUUCCACUACGAGCGACUGGGUUGCCGUGGCAAUGAGAACUCCCUAAUGGAGUGCCGGAGCAGGAAGUUUGUCACCAGUGACUGUAACCAUGGCAACGAGGCGGGGGUGGUGUGUGCUGUACCUGAAGGGAGCGGCGCCCCCUUAAGGCUAGUCGGUGGCCAGGAGGACUUUGAGGGCCGUGUCGAAGUGUAUCAUAAUGGCAAAUGGGGGACCAUUUGUGACGACCAGUGGGACGAUAUUGAUGCAGAGGUGGUCUGCCGACAGCUGGGCCUGGGGGGUGUAGCCAAAGCGUGGACAUGGGCACACUUUGGCCAGGGCUCUGGUCCCAUCUUCCUGGACGGGGUUCAGUGCACAGGCAAUGAGCUCUCUCUAGAGGAAUGCCCUCACAACAACUGGGAACAACACAACUGUGACCACAUGGAAGAUGCUGGGGUUUCCUGUAACCCAUAUACAGAUGGUGCAGUUCGGCUGGUGGGAGCGGACAGCCCCUGGGAGGGGCGUCUGGAGGUUUACCACCAGGGAGACUGGGGCACUGUGUGUGAUGACAACUGGACUGAGCUCAAUGCCCAGGUGGUGUGUAGACAGCUGGGCUUCAGGGGCCGAGCGGAAGUGGCCCCAGACGGGGUAUAUGGAGAGGGACUGGGGUUGAUCCUGCUGGACGAGGUGCAGUGUCAGGGGACAGAGAGCAGCCUGCUGGCCUGCGGCCAUGCUGAAUGGGGACGCCACGACUGCUCCCACAGUGAAGACGUGGGGGUUCGCUGUGAGAGAGGAGACAACACCAAUGAGAGACCAGACCUGCCGGUUCCCACUGGCCCCCUUGUGCGGCUGGUUGCUGGAGAAAGCAGGAAGGAAGGCAGAGUGGAGGUCUUUAUCAACGACCAAUGGGGAAGUGUGUGUGAUGAUGGCUGGAAUGAUGUGAAUGCAGCCGUGGUGUGUAGACAGCUGGGAUUCAUCGGUGUGGCUAAGGCUCGCUCAAUGGCCUACUUUGGCGAGGGCCAGGGCGCAAUCCAUUUGGACAAUGUCCGUUGCUCAGGGAUCGAGUCAUCCCUAGGCGAAUGUCCGGCUGAGGGUCAGGGUGCCCACAACUGUCGCCAUAGUGAGGAUGCAGGUGUGAUCUGUGACUACACCCCAGAACCCGUCGGAGAUGGUGCCAUAGCAACACAGACCUGUGGCCUGAGACCCAACGGCCAGCGCCGCCGUCGCAGGAUCAUAGGUGGAGAUAAGUCACUGAGGGGGGACUGGCCUUGGCAGGUCUCUCUGUGGCUGAGGUCUCAGUCUAAAGGGAAUCAUCCUCUGUGUGGAGCCUCACUCAUCAACUCCUGCUGGGUCCUCACUGCUGCCCACUGCUUCAAAAGGUUUGGCAGGGAUCCAACGCGCUACGUGUUGCGGCUAGGUGACUACCAUACUGAGGAGCAGGAUGACUUUGAACGCAGCCUGUCACCUAAACAAAUCAUCAUCCACAGGAAGUACCACAGUCAGGGCUGGGAGUACGACAUUGCCCUCCUACGCCUCAAGGGGACAGAGGGCAACUGUGUGGCAUUCAACCCUCACACCAGUGCAAUCUGUUUGCCAGUGCCAGGCAAUAAGUGGGGCAAGAGGCCUGCUGCCUGUGUCAUCACUGGCUGGGGCAUCACAGACUCUGAGUACUCCCGGACCCUGCUGCAGGCUUGGGUUCCCCUGCUGCCAUCUUGGAAGUGUAAAAAGCGCUACGGUGAACGCUUCACUAGCCGCAUGCUGUGUGCCGGCAGCCUGUCAGAGCGUCGCCGCGUGGACAGUUGCCAGGGCGACAGUGGGGGCCCUCUGGUGUGCCAGGAGGAGGGGGGCCGCUGGGUGCUGACAGGGAUCAUUUCUUGGGGUCACGGCUGCGGUGACCCAUCCUUCCCUGGGGUGUACACGCGGGUUAGCAGAUUCCUGCGAUGGAUUGACCAGGUCAUCAGCAAACCUUACAAGAACUUAUGAUGCUACUGCGGGGUAAACAGUGAUACAAAGUGACUUGUGGGGGUGGGGGCAUAUGGAUAAAGAGGAAUCCGGCAAGGCAUUGGUUACACAUGCUUGCUCUUGGACUCUUAAAGUGAGUGCUUUUGUCAUCCAUUUCUUGGCCCUCCUCACUUGAAGAAGCUUGUAAAUGGCGUUGUAUAUUGUGUAAGAGGUGAACAGAGCGUUGUGUGAGUGCAUGUAAUGCACCAAUGUUCCAAACAUGAGCUGAAGUGAUAUGUCACUCAUUUUGAAAAAUGUUUUGUUGUAAUUGAGGACCAGCACAGAGAGCUCAGACCUCACAAGAAAACAGUUCUACCAUUGAUUAUUUCAUUUCAUUUUUUAAACAGUCAACAUUUUCUGUUAAAUAUUUCUGGCUGUAAAAAUUUGAAACUUUGUAUAUGUAACAAUUUGAGUCGAUAAAGGAGUUUAUUUUUAAGAAUGCUAGCCGAGGGGAAGUCCACCUCAGUGGCAGGAGGCUAACAGUUAGCAUUUGGAACAUCAAGCCAGUAUCCAGCACUCAGUAACAAGGAGAGAAAGAUAGCACCUCUAAGGUCUUACAUAACAACGAGGGGGGAAGUGAAAUACUGUCACAUUUUCAAAAUGGGUGAACUAUCCCUUUAAAAAGACUGCAAAAUGUAAAUGACCUUGCACUAAAAUGCUUUCCAUACAAUCACACUUGGUCAUCUGUAAAUUAUAGCUUCAUUUAAGAGGCCAAAGAAUGUCAUUAGGGGGAAAACUCAUAUAAUGCAUUGAAGAAUGAUAUAGGAUAUAGGAUAUAGGACACUGGAUAUACUGUUGCACCUGUACAAACAGAUUUACUUAGCUUUACUUGUGAUAAUGUUUCAUCACCAUUCCAAGUGGACCCUGACAGGUUUGUCUCCCAAUUAGCACCAUAGUCCAACUGUUACUCAUGCAAAGAUGAUUUGGAAUAAAACUGACUAAGAUGUAUGAUGGGUGAUUGGCAAGUUUGUGGCCUAAGUUAGGAGUUGUUUUUUUUUUUGUUUGUUUGUUUUGUUUUGUUUUUCAACAUCGUCCCUUCUUACAUCAGCUCACAUAAUCCUGUGGUGCUGUCUUGGGCCCCCAGCAGGUGAUCCACAGCAUCAGUGACAUCAUCAUCUGAGGCAAAACACAUUUGUAGGAGAUACCGAGCUCGGUGGCAGUGUCACGCUCGCUGACUCGUCGAUCUUCCAUGAUGAUGUCAUCAGUCUUGCCAGUGGUCUCCUCUGUGGUGACCCUCCAUCCUGUAUGGGGUCAUCUUCCAGGUUCUCCCUUGCGUAUUUGAAGUCAUCAGCAGCCCACUUCUUUACCAUGCUGAUUGAGGGUGUAUCCUCUCCUAGUGUGUUCACUGUCUUCGUGGACUUCCUUGGGUGUUAAGCCCUUGAGACUGACUUUCAAAGUUUAAUUAUCCAUAACAAAAAACAACUCAAGUGAAUCACAACCUUUUGUGUAAUCAUUCACUCUGUAAGUUCAGUUGAACACAAACUCUGAGAAAAUUGUGUAGCUCGUGUUCUUCUAACUUAGGCCUCAGACUUCCCACCGCUCAUAAUUAUCACCCCUGAUAAUUAGUGAAAAGAAGAAACACAAGAGAUGAAAAGAUGUCAAUAGCUGUAUUCACAUCAGCACUAAACAUCUCAUUUUAGCACUUCGCAGCACACAUCUGAUCUUCCUGUUGUCAAAAUACUGGAAUCUGAUAUGGCAAGAUAGUGAGAGGUCCACUGACAGGCUUUGUAUACAUGACUGAAAGGGACUUUCAGGAAAUGUCUGUAUCUAUCAGUUUGACUUGGACUUCUCCCAAGCUGUUCUUGUAGUUACUUUUUUUUUUUUUAGCAGCAUUAUAAUUAUGUAAGUAUUGUUAAAAGUAUGUGCUUGCAAGUGUGCUAUCACUUUUCAUACAAAACCCACAAUUUAUACUUGUAUUUUCUGUUCUGUGCCUAAAUGUUGCAGUCUUAUUGCCUCAGGUCAAUGCAAUAUUCAUAUAAUUCUUAUUUAUUUGAAAGAAAAAACACAUCCAAUGAGUUACUGUAAGUGUUGGUUGUAAUUAUGUAGUUAGUGUUUAUUAUUACAUGAUCACAUUCCACUAUGAGUCUUGAAAUUCAAACCAGACAUGCUAUGGGGAUAUUCAAAGUGAUAUGCCUCAGCUUUAGGACACUACUGUAUACCACAAGACUCAAAUAGUUUAGCUAGCAAUGUUUUUUUUUUUUUUUCUUUAUUUGAACCCCUUUAAGAUUCCAUCUGAUAAUACAAGACAGAUUAUCAGAUGGAGUCUCGUGAUCUCUGAUUAUCCUUAAUUCCUCUAAGAUUGCUCUAUGAAAUUUUCACCUGUUUGAUAAUAAGCCUAAUAAUGAGGCCUGUCUCUCUUUUGCCAAUUUCAUGUUAAAAGAGCUUGAAC